UGCAACGUUCGCCGCCCGCUUCUGUCUCUGCCUCGAUCUCUGCCUCCGGCUCUGGCUCUGGCUCUGGCUCCGGCUCCGGCUCGGGUUCCGGCUCUGGUUCCGGCAGCGGCACCAACAUGGAUCACCUGUUCAGCGACAAGACGCAGGAGCUUCUAAUGCAGAUGGCGCGCCUACGCGACCCCUUUUGUGAUCUGGACAUUCGUGAUAAUGGCGUCUAUGCCAAGACCGAUUUGCCACGCGACUCCCGCUACGGACCCUUUCCCAUGCAUCUGUGCCAGCAGCCCAGCGAUCGCCAUCUGGCCUGGGAGGUAAUUGCCGGACCGCUAUUCCAUGGCUGGCUGGAGCCCUCGGCGGAUGUGGCCACAUGGCUGAAAAAGAUACGCAACGCUCAGAUCGAUGAGGCUGAAGAGGCUAAUUUAAGGAAUUUCGUUGUCGAUCGCUGUCUGUGGUACGAAACGAAACGGGAUAUUAGUGCAGGCGCCGAAAUCGUGGUCGAUCCCCGCUCCCGCACGCCCUACGACAUCAGCGACAGCCUACGGAAUGGCAGCAGCAGCGCGGCAGCAGUGGCAGCAACUGCAGCAGCCGCAGCCGCCGCCGCUGCCGCAGCAGCCGCCAUGGCAGCCGCUAGCAACAACAACAACAACAUCAACAAUAACAAUAACAACAACAAUAGCGAUGAUCGCAGCGAUCGUGAUAAUGCAGGAUAAAUUGUACAGCUGAGG